AUGUCAGGCAAUUCCGCAUCCAACUUCUCCAACCACGCUCACCCAAAUCCUACUUUGGGACAAGACAAUCAAACCGCGGUCCAAGAAGAUAAUCCAACCAUGGUCGGUAGCGCACUGCCUUUGCAACCAUCAGACCAACGCGUCGACGAUUUAUUAUCCCAACGUCUCCCAAAAAUGAUGGAAAAACAAUUCGGAACAAUGGUUAAUGAGCAAUUACAUCCCAUGAUGGAUAAAUUAUUUGAAGCUCAAUUCCCAAAGUAUAAUUCGACCAUUGAGAAUCAUGUACGUUCCACGUAUUUUAAUACUGCUACUACCAGGAUCAUUGACACGUUAAAACCGUUCAUUCAGGAAACGAUUAAUCAAGCCGUUCAGCCUCGCUUUCCAGGCCUGUUCAGCGAACCUGCCCACGUUUUGCCCAAUAAACAUCACCCACUGAUUUCUCCACCUCCGACUCAACCAAAAACAACAAAUCCUCCUCACGACACUGAAUUCGACUUCAAUCACAAUGAAGCAUCUAACAACCAAGAAUACAAUGCAGCUGAUUUAAGUGGUUCCAAUCAAAACCAAGAAACCGGAACAUUAGCAAACAACACGGAAGAUUCAAAUGAUGCCGUAUCUGUUAAUUCAACUAUGCCUCAUCCUCCUUCUUCAAUUCUUUCUGUCGAUACUACAAAUCAAUUAAAAAGUCCACAACAAAUUAACUCCCCAACAACAUCUAAUCAUUCGUCUUUCGGUAUGAGCAACACUAUGAAGACACACGAAACUUUACAACAAUCGAAUGGUUAUACUGUUAACAGUUCCUCAACCGUAACAACAGAAAAAUUUCUUGAUGUCCGGAAUCGUAUCAUGGACAUCGAACGUCAAUCUCCAAGACCUGAGAGUCAAAAUCACCGACAUCAACAUUAUCGAAAAGAAAUUACCUUACAUCUACAACCCACCGUUAGCCAAAGCAUCUUUAUUCAUUGA